AUGAGUAGUUCAAAAAAAUUCUAAUUUUUUAAUGAGUAAGAAUAGCAGCCUAUGAGAUGCUAAAUACAUAAAAAUUCAAAUCUUAAUUAAAUAUGUGUUUAAGAUGGCUGCAUUUUAUAAUUUUAGCCAAAUUGUCCUCUUUGUUAAUAUGAUAAAUAGAAUACAUGCAAUUAGCAUUAUGUUAUGCCAAUUCAAGCAUUUUUUUGCUAAUUAGAAAGCUUAGUAUAGGAAGAAGUUAUUUUAAAUCCUACAAACUAUGUUUGCUCAGAUGAAAUAAGUUUACUUGCAAGACAAUUUAAAAAUUUAGGAAACAAAUGUUUAGAAAUAUCAGAAAAUAUAGCCAUGUCAACUUCUAAACACAAAAAAACAUUUGUAAACCUUGCUCCUGAAAUAAAAGCUGUAGAAAAUAUAAUUAAAAAUGUUAAAUAAGAUGAUUGCACUUAAAAUAUUAGAUUAAAUUUGAUGCAAUUAAGUUAAUAUAUAUAAAUAUAACCAGAUGGUAAUCUUUCUUUUUAGUUCAGAAAUAAUGAAAAGCUCGAUAGACUUUAACUAAGAUAUUACUAAUAUUAUUCAAAACUAGAGUAGUUAUAUUCUUAUAUAAUAAAUGAUUUAAAUACAGCUCAUUAAAAUUCUAUUUUUUACACAGGUGUACAGUUUGGUAGUAAUCCUUCUAGUGAUAAGAAAUCUGAUUACUCAACGAAUAGCAGUUGUAUUGAUUAGUAAAUUGAAAGGAUGAGAGCUGUUUUAGAAAGCCCACAAAAGGUUGGAAUGAAGUUAAGUAAUGAGAGCUACUUCAAAGUGAAAAUAAUGGAAAAGGGGGAUUAAAAAACUUUCCCUUUAUACAAAUAAAAAGUAAAAAUUAAUUACAAAAUUUAUGAUGAGGAUUUCAACUUGCUUGAUCAAAACAAAGAAGGUAACCCUUUUAUAUUUACAAUUGGUAUUGGAGAAGUCAUUAAAGGUUGGGAACUGGCUAUUCCUGAAAUGAGUUUAGGAGAAAAAUCUUUGAUUAUAUGCCAUAAAAAUUUGAUAAAUAACUCAAAAUAUAAUAAUAUCCUUUAAAAUUAACAAUCAUCUUAGUCUUUGUAUUUUGAAAUACAAAUUGUUGAUAUAAUAUGA